GGCCUGAGCCCCCCGCGGCCCCCCGGCCGGGCAGAACAUUAGGCAGCAGUUCUUGGAUUGACCAGGGAGGAUUAAAUGAGUCCGCUCCUAAGGACGACGCGACCGCAACAUCCGAUCCCGACGAUCUGUGGGGGCUGGUGUGGAGAGCCGUCGAUCCGGAACCGAAGCCCGCAGGCUGGGAGGCGGCACCAAAUUUACCGGAGUUCGUUGAUAAGAAUGCAGAAACGGGCAGAAACCCAGGGGAGCCAGAAACGUUUCUGGUUGGAGCAGAAGAGUUUCAGUGGAUGCCGUUUCCUCCGGCCCCUGAAUUUGGCAAUAAAGCAAAAUAUCCCAAAUCUCCGCAGCGGAGCGGAAGCAAACGGAAACAGUUAACCCAGAGACUGAGAAGGGAACCUUCGAGAGGAAAGAGGAAUUCUUCCGCCGAGGCUGUGGGAAGCAAACCCGGCCCCCUGAGCCCCCCUGAGCGGACAGGAACGUUUAAGGCCGAGAGUCUUCGAGCCUUUCCAAAGGUAGAUUCGCCCCGGCCCAGUAAGAAAGAGAGGGGCCCGGAGAUUUGGCCACUCCCAGUGACUCGGAGUCUCCCCGAGCAGGGUCCAGCCGUUGGGAACGGCCAAGGAGAAGGCCACCGGAGAAUGCCUGGUAGGGAAAAAUCAGAAAGCGGCAUUGGGCUGGAGGGUGCUGGCCUCACAACUUCCCCGCAAGCGGCAGCUGCUGGGACCGACGUCAAGAAGCCUAUGGGAGGGACGAGGGCUCUGGAGAGCUGUCCCAUGUGCCAGAUCCCUUUCGGGCCCACGCUGUCGCAGUCGGACGUGGACGGUCAUCUCGCCAAAUGCUUGUCGGAGAGCACCGAAGACGUGAUCUGGUGACCAGCCGUCUCGAGUCGAGGGGGCCGUUGGUCCGGUGAGGGGGGCGCUCCGGCCAGCGGGACCAGAAUGGGGUCCGCCCCGAGGUAGGGAUGUGCGGGGGCCCGGCUAGCGAGUGCCAGCGACUUCCUGGGCAGAAUGCGGCAAUCGGCAGAUCCGGGGAGGAGAGGUGAGGCGCCUCGCCCCCAGUCGGCCGUGACAAACGCUUUGUUUUGGACAGAGAAUGGCCGCCGUUCAAUGAAAUGAGAAUGGGGAAAAGGAA